AUCCACCGUGACGCCCUCUCAAAAUACCAAUAACUUUGAUACAGACUGCAUAUCUUUGUUUCCUAAAAUAUUCAACCCAAAUUCUCCCUGGUUUGUUUCUCGCCGAGAUCUCAGCCUGUCCUCCUCUGUACUCAGAAUUUGAAUUGUCGCAUACACAAAUACAUUCAAAGAGGAGGAAGGCUAUGUUUAAAUUCCUGCAAAGCGUUGUAGCCGGAUCUGGCACCGGCCUCAAGGAUCUUCCCUACCUCAUCGGAGAGCCUUAUUCUUCAGCGUGGGGCUCCUGGGUCCACUCUCGUGGCACAUCCAAGGAGGACGGGUCUCCAGUGUCAAUAUUUUCUCUAACAGGGAGCAGCAGUAAUGAUGGGCAUUUAGCUGCUGGCCGUAAUGGUGUCAAGCGUCUUCGAACGGUCAGACAUCCAAACAUAUUAUCGUUUCUCCACAGCACUGAGGCUGAAACUUCUGACGGCCAUUCCACAAAGGUUACAAUCUACAUUGUCACUGAACCUGUUAUGCCAUUAUCAGAAAAGAUCAAGGAAUUAAGAUUACAAGGUGCACAAAGGGAUGAGUAUUAUGCAUGGGGAUUGCAUCGAAUAGCCAAGGCUGUGAGCUUCCUCAACAAUGAUUGUAAACUUGUUCAUGCAAAUGUUUGUUUGGAAAGUGUUGUUGUUACUCAGACAUUAGACUGGAAGCUACAUGCUUUUGAUGUUCUAGCAGAGUAUGAUGGAAAAAAUCAAGCUGCUUCCAUGGGACCCAUGCUGCAAUAUGAAUGGCUUGUUGGUCCACAAUACAAACCAAUGGAGUUGGCAAAGUCUGACUGGACAACAAUAAGAAAAUCUCCACCUUGGGCUAUUGAUUCUUGGGGUUUGGGUUGUCUUAUUCAUGAACUUUUCUAUGGUACCAAAUUGAGCAAAACAGAGGAGCUGCGUGAGACUUCUUCUAUACCAAAGUCUCUACUUCCAGAUUAUCAGAGGCUCUUGAGCUCCACUCCUUCUCGCAGGUUGAAUUCAUCGAAGCUCAUAGAAAAUUGUGAAUAUUUUCAAAAUAAGCUGGUGGACACUAUUCAUUUUUUGGAGAUUCUCAACUUAAAAGACAGUGUUGAGAAAGAUACUUUCUUUCGUAAGCUACCUACUCUAGCUGAGCAGCUUCCUCGGCAAAUUGUGCUAAAAAAGUUACUCCCUUUAGUAGCUUCUGCGUUGGAGUUUGGCUCCGCUGCUGCACCUGCUUUAACUGGAUUACUGAAGAUGGGAGCCUGGCUUUCUGCUGAUGAAUAUGUUGUCAAGGUAUUACCAACACUUGUCAAACUUUUUGCUUCCAAUGACCGGGCUAUCAGAGUUAGUCUCCUGCAGCAUAUUGAUCAAUAUGGAGAUUCAUUAUCAACACAAAUUGUUGAUGAACAAAUAUAUCCUCAUGUUGCUACUGGGUUUUCUGAUUCAUCUGCUUUUCUCCGAGAAUUAACACUCAAGUCCUUGCUUGUUCUCGCCCCCAAGUUGUCUCAACGGACUAUAUCAGGAUCACUGUUGAAGUUUCUUUCAAAGCUACAGGUUGAUGAAGAACCUGCUAUUAGAACAAACACCACCAUACUACUAGGAAAUAUUGCCAGUCAUCUUAAUGAAGGGACACGGAAAAGAGUUCUCAUAAAUGCGUUUACUGCGCGUGCUUUGCGUGAUACUUUCUCUCCAGCAAGAGGCGCAGGAAUUAUGGCUCUAUGUGCUACCAGUUCUUAUUAUGAUUCAACUGAGAUCGCUGCUCGUAUAUUGCCAAACGUUGUUGUACUUACUAUCGAUCCAGACAGUGAUGUUCGAUCGAAGGCCUUUCAAGCUGUUGACCAAUUUCUGCAAAUCCUGAAAAACUUUCACGAGAAGGCAGAGGGUGGCGAGUCAGGUGGGGCCUCAAGUAUGGGAAUAUCAUCAACACCAGGAAAUGCUAGCUUGCUUGGGUGGGCCAUGAGUUCUUUGACCCUGAAAGGCGGCAAAUCUUCUGAACAAACUCCACUUGCUCCGGUGAAUACCAGUGCACCUCUUACCUCUGCUGCAUCUAAUGCGAGCUCAGUGAUAGAUACUGCAAGCACAACAACAGUCGGUUUAAGUUUAGGAGCUGAGACGGCUGAUCAGCCUGCACCUGUAUCACCGACAUCAACUGAUGGUUGGGGUGAACUAGAAAAUGGAAUUAACGAUGACAAUGGGAGUGAGAAAGAAGGUUGGGAUGAUAUUGAACCACUUGAAGAUCCGAGAUCAUCUCAGGCUCUUGCCACUAUCCAAGCAGCUCAAAAACGGCCUGUAGCGCAGCCAAAACAAGUUGUUAAUUCAAAACCCAAAAUUGCAGCCAAUGUUCACAAAAACGACGAUGAUGAAUUGUGGGGUUCCAUAGCUGCCCCUGCUCCAAAAUCCGUUAAACCUUUGACAUCAAAAACAACCGCGGCAGCUGACGAUGAUGACCCAUGGGCUGCUAUUGCAGCUCCUCCACCUACCACAAGAGCUAGACCUUUAGCAUCCGGGCGAGGACGGGGAUCUAAACCUGUUGUUUCAAAAUUGGGUGCCCAAAGAAUUAACCGGACAUCAUCUUCUGGGGUGUAAAUGACCUAGCUUUUGCCCAGGUUAUGAUAUAUUUGGUUAAAAUUAAGCGAAGAAUCACAGGAAUCCUGUAAAUUUUCUGUUGUGAAACAUUUAGAAGUUCAUAUGAGGGAAAAAAAUUUAUAACCUUCAUCUUACCAGAGGUAUACGUAGAUAAUACAACAUUAAUUUGUAAAAUAUUAUUUUUUGUUUAAUGGAAUUCUUCAUCAUUCGUUUCA